AGGAUGUAGAAAGGAUCGGAUGUAGUUUUGUUCUUGUGCCAAUGCCGCGCGUUGAGACGCGCAGGCCUUCUUACUCUCCAAUGCUCUUGGAGGGAGGGAUCCCUUUGGGAGAUUGCGAGGAGGCGCAGGAUUUUGAGGAGGAUGGACGCCAUGAUGAGCGACAGGAAGAAUCUGAAAGCCACCAUAGCGAGAGCUUCCUCAGAAUCUAUCCAAGUCUGUCUCAGGACGAAACCCAUCUUCACAGGACUGUGCUCUAUGGACUUUUAGUUGGGCUACUACUGAUGUGUGCGGCACUUUCUUUUGCUCAGCGGAUAGGAGUCAGAAGCUACUCUUGGACGGCCUUGCAACGAUUGAACCUGGUGGCACCAAUGGAUCCAAAGGUCCAAGGUCCACAGUGCCUACAAGACGAGGAAUUGUUUGCCGGUAUUUGCUACAUGAAGUGCUCUUUGCUGACUGCAGGAAAGGCGCCCCACCGAGUAGGCAACAACGCGUGCUGUCGAAACGACAAUGAUUUCUUUUGUACCUUGCUGGGUAGCCAGCAAGCCGUCUCAGCUGGCUUGGCGGU